AUGGCAUUACCAGAAGCUAAAGAUGCUGUUUCAGAGCUUGUUUCAAAGCUGAGCAGGCUUCAGCUUGGGACUGACAUUUCCCAGUCUCUGCCUAGCCGAAACAGGCAGUCUGAAUGGUUUCCCCCCAAGCUACAAGUGAUUGAAAGCAAGAAAAACACUCAUGAGAAGAGUGGUAUGUGUCAUACACUCUUCCUGAAGUACUCAUGUUUGGCUACUGCCAAGCAGCCGGCAGCCCCGCCUCAUUCGAAACAGACUGGUGCAAAUAAAGUUCAAGGGAACUCUGGCUCUAUGGCUACCAAGAUCCCAAAUAAGAAAUUUAGGAAAUGUCAGUGUGAGACACACCAUACUAAGAGCAUCCUGUGUCAGAUCCUUAACAAAGAUCAUGGAGGUGACCAGCAGCAUCACAGUCCCCACUACUCCACAGGAAUCAAGGACUGCUCUUGCUUGGACAGGAGAAGAGUUGUCCUGAAAACACCAGAAGCCAUGUGCAGAAGAGCUUCUGGAGUGCUCUUGAAGACUUCAAUUUUUAUUAGAAACUUACCUUCUUUUUAUCACAUGCCUUUGGAUGAUCAGCUUGUUCUCAUACAGCAGAACUGGGCCCCUCUUUUUGUCCUGGGCAUGGCACAAGAAGGGGUGGAUUUUGAUCUGAGAGAGACUUCAGUCCCUAGUUUAUUGAAAAAAAUCCUCCUCAAUCAGUCUUUGACAGCUAACAAUGAUCUGGGCAGCUCAUCACCAGGAGCAUCUUUGACAAAAGUUCAGAAGAUGAAGAAUCUCUUGUGGAAAUGCUGGGACCUGGACAUAAGUGCAAAAGAACAUGCCUGUCUUAAAGGAAUUAUUCUUUUUAAUUCUGGAUGCUGUGUCCUAAAGUGUCCCCCAUAUGUACAAACACUGCAGCAGGAAGCCCAGCAAGCCUUGAUGGAGUUUGUCUCAACAAUGUUCCAUGGAAACCUGGGCAGGUUUGCUUCGAUUCUUCAGCUGAUCGCCUCUCUUCGAGACAUUGAUGCAGAUGCUAUCGAAGAGCUCUUCUUCAGGCCCAUUAUAGGAGAGGCCAUCCUAAACGUAUUACUUCCAGAAACACUACAUAUCAAGCCAGACUGCCUUUGA